CCCAGUUCCACUUUUAGUCCAGUUACAACACAGGGAUCACAACAGACACAGCCCCCGCAGAAGCACUAUGGCAUCACCUCUCCUAUCAGUUUAGCAUCCCCCAAGGAGACGGAUUGGGUGCUGACACAGAAACUCAUUGAGACUCUGAAGCCCUUUGGGGUUUUUGAAGAGGAAGAAGAACUGCAGCGCAGGAUUUUAAUUUUGGGAAAAUUAAAUAACCUGGUGAAAGAGUGGAUACGAGAAAUCAGUGAAAGCAAGAAUCUUCCACAGUCUGUAAUUGAAAAUGUUGGAGGAAAAAUUUUUACAUUUGGAUCUUACAGAUUAGGAGUACAUACAAAAGGUGCCGAUAUUGAUGCAUUGUGUGUUGCACCAAGACACGUUGACCGAAGUGACUUUUUCACCUCAUUCUAUGAUAAAUUGAAAUUACAGGAAGAAGUAAAAGAUUUAAGAGCUGUUGAAGAGGCAUUUGUACCAGUCAUCAAACUUUGUUUUGAUGGGAUAGAGAUUGAUAUUUUAUUUGCAAGAUUAGCACUGCAAACUAUUCCAGAAGAUUUGGACCUACGAGAUGACAGUCUGCUUAAAAAUUUAGAUAUAAGAUGCAUAAGAAGUCUUAAUGGUUGCAGGGUAACCGAUGAAAUUUUACAUCUAGUACCAAACAUUGACAACUUCAGGUUAACUCUGAGAGCUAUCAAACUGUGGGCCAAACGCCACAACAUCUAUUCCAAUAUAUUAGGUUUCCUCGGUGGUGUUUCCUGGGCUAUGCUAGUAGCAAGAACUUGCCAGCUUUAUCCAAAUGCAAUAGCAUCAACUCUUGUACAUAAAUUUUUCUUGGUAUUUUCUAAAUGGGAAUGGCCAAAUCCAGUGCUAUUGAAACAGCCUGAAGAAUGCAAUCUUAAUUUGCCUGUAUGGGACCCAAGGGUAAACCCCAGUGAUAGGUACCAUCUUAUGCCUAUAAUUACACCAGCAUACCCACAGCAGAACUCCACGUACAAUGUGUCCGUUUCAACACGGAUGGUCAUGGUUGAGGAGUUUAAACAAGGUCUUGCUAUCACAGAUGAAAUUUUGCUGAGUAAGGCAGAGUGGUCCAAGCUUUUUGAAGCUCCAAACUUCUUUCAAAAGUACAAGCAUUAUAUUGUACUUCUAGCAAGUGCACCAACGGAAAAACAGCGCCUAGAAUGGGUGGGCUUGGUGGAAUCAAAAAUCCGAAUCCUGGUUGGAAGCUUGGAGAAGAAUGAAUUUAUUACAUUGGCUCAUGUGAAUCCCCAGUCAUUUCCAGCACCCAAAGAAAAUCCUGACAAGGAAGAAUUUCGUACAAUGUGGGUGAUUGGGUUAGUGUUUAAAAAAACAGAAAAUUCUGAAAAUCUCAGUGUUGAUCUCACCUAUGAUAUUCAGUCUUUCACAGAUACAGUUUAUAGGCAAGCAAUAAACAGCAAGAUGUUUGAGGUGGAUAUGAAAAUUGCUGCAAUGCAUGUAAAAAGAAAGCAACUCCAUCAACUACUACCUAAUCAUGUGCUUCAGAAAAAGAAAAAGCACUCAACAGAAGGAGUGAAAUUGACAGCUCUGAAUGACAGCAGCCUUGACUUGUCUAUGGAUAGUGACAACAGCAUGUCUGUGCCUUCACCCACCAGUGCUGCAAAGACCAGUCCAUUGAACAGCUCUGGCAGCUCUCAGGGCAGAAACAGUCCUGCUCCAACUGUGACGGCAGCAUCUGUGACCAACAUCCAGUCUCCCGAAGUCUCCGUGCCACAAACAAAUUCCAGUGACAGCUCAGGGGGUACAUCGAGUGAAAGCAUUCCUCAAACUGCCACACAGCCAGCCAUUUCACCACCACCAAAGCCUACAGUCUCCAGAGUUGUUUCCACAACACGUCUGGUAAACCCACCACCUAGACCUUCAGGAAAUGCAACAACAAAAAUACCUAAUCCUAUAGCAGGAGUCAAGAGGACAUCUUCCCCUCAUAAAGAAGAGAGUAAAAGGAAAAAGAAAAGAGAGAAGGAUGAAACAAGUGAAGAUGCUAACUGUGUUGCUUUGAGUGGACAUGAUAAAACAGAAGCAAAGGAACAACUUGAUACAGAGACAUGUACAGCUCAAUCAGAAACUACUCAGACAGCAGCUUCUCUGUUGGCCUCUCAGAAAACAUCCAGUACAGACCUUUCUGAUAUCCCUGCUCUCCCUGCAAAUCCUAUUCCAGUUAUCAAGAAUUCAAUAAAACUGAGAUUGAAUCGGUAAAAACAACCUCAGGGGUCCAUAAACAAUAUCUGCCAACUCAACCUGUUGUCUUCAAAUGCUAAAAAAAGAAGAAUGGAGGGUACAAGACUAGACAAGACUGAAAAUAUAUUAGGUUUUUUUUGGUGACCUCCCUCACUGGGCUAAUCAGCACUUGAUCGGAAGUCCAGGUUAGUAUGUGAAGCCAGGAGUACUGUUAUUAUUGUGUUAGCAACAGUUGCAUUAUCUAUUUAAAAAAAAAAAAAUAUUACUGCCUUUAAAAAAAAACCUCAAGCUAUAUUUGUAUCCAUAAUUGACAUCUGGAUUUGGUUUAUGUUUGAUGCAUUGUUUGGAAAAUUUGCAAUACAAACUGGCAUAAGAAUUCCUUAUUCUGAUGAUGCACUUUUAUGUAUUUUUUUUUUAUUAGAAAGUAGAACUAAUUUUAGAUUUUCAGCUUGAUGGAUUUUCAUUUUUUCCCAAAGAAUUUCCUUUACCCUUAGUCUUCAAAUUGGAUACUGUUGUGCAGAGGUGUACUAUCUUACAAGAGUACAUCUAAAUCUAGUUCAGUCCAUGUGAGGUAGUGGCAGCCCAGAAAAAUGAAAUGUCAACUCUUGGGUGUAUGUUUGACACUGAAAGAAUAAUUAGGAAAUACUUGGUUUUGAUGGGGUUAUGAUUAAGAAAUGAUAUAUUGGUUUUAUUUUUAUUUUUUAUUUUUUUGGUGCCAGGGAUUGAACUCAAGUCCUUGCUCUUGCAAGGCAGGCACCAGAACCACUGAGCUAAAUCCCUGGCCCUUGGUUUUAUUUAUAGAGUCGUUUUGUAGUGCAUACAAAUCAGUGAUCAGCCAGCAAAUAUAUUUCUUUGAGCUUACUGAAGUUCCAUAUUCUUUUGCCUUCUAUCUGUUGUCUUUAAAACAAAUGAAAACCUUUUUUCAGCCCCCCCCUCCCCUUUUGUGUAUAUGCAUAAAGUAGGACUUACUUCACAAAAACCAAAAUGCCAGUAUUUUCUUAAGCCAUGAUGUGAAACCAGUGACCCGGUGGCUACAUGGCACAGAACACUAAAUUUUGGUCCCAUGGCUGAAAUUUUAUGGUGACUAAAGUUAAUGCCUCUGUGAAACUGAUAUCUAACUUGGAUGGCCAUUUGAUCUCUAAAUAAGAGGAAUUUUGUACACUCCACAGAUCUCCUGUUCCUAUUAAUAAAUUGAUUUUCAAUUUUAAAUGUGGGCAAAAAGGCAUUUUCUCCAAGAUUUUUAAACUAAUUUUCAUUUUUAACUGGUUUACCAAAAUUUGUCAGCAAAUUUUACAUAAAAAAACAUUUUAAAAAUCAUUUCUAGCAAGCACUUAACAUCUAGUCAGCUCUUCUACUUCUUUUUUGUUUUGUUUUAUUCUAGCAAAGGAUUAGAACCACCUUUCUUUAUAGAAAAUAAUUUCUCAUAAUAAAGCAACAUAACGUCCAUCUUCACAAUGUAUAAGGGAUGCCAGAUGUUGAUAGACUUACUGUUUCUUAAUCUGGACAAAGCAAACCCAACAAGAUUUCUCCAGUGAGCAUGUUUUUGAAUCUUCCAUUGUGCUCCAUUCUAUCACAUG